AAAUGCAAAUGCGCGCGCAUGUGAUGUGUAAUUUGAAUCUGUCAAAGAAACUUUCGACCUUUUUUGCUGCGUUCUUGUAGCGGACGGGUCGUUUUUAGUUUUCUCAAAAGAAACUACAGCAAUCCCUUCAAAAUGAGAAUUUACAAGGAUAUUUUUACCGGUGAUGAGAUGUUCUCUGACACUUACAAAAUAAAACUAGUUGAUGAAGUCGUUUAUGAAGUUUACGGUAAAUUAGUCCAACGGAAGGAAGGAGAUAUCCAGCUGGAUGGAGCUAACCCGUCUGCUGAGGAUCAAGACGAAGGCACAGACGAAAAUGUCCAAACAGGCGUCGACAUUGUUUUAAAUCAUAGAUUAUGUGAAACCUAUGCAUUUAGUGAUAAGAAGUCAUACACCGCGUACCUUAAAGACUACAUGAAAAAAUUGGUAGCUAAAUUGGAAGAGAAAUCUCCUGACCAAGUAGAAGUGUUCAAGACCAACAUGAACAAAGUGAUGAAGGACAUUUUGGGGAGGUUUAAAGAGCUCCAAUUUUUCACUGGAGAAUCCAUGGAGAUUGAUGGAAUGGUUGGAUUGAUGGAAUAUAGAGAAAUUGAUGGGAAUUCUGUACCAGUAAUGAUGUUUUUCAAACAUGGCCUGGAAGAAGAGAAAUUUUAGUUUUGUUUAAUUUUUUUUUUUUGUUAUAUACCAUUUUAUUUAUAUUCCAUUGAGAUUGUCUUCAGAUUUUAACAUGAUUCAAACAAUGAUUUGCUUUCGAAAUUCUAACUGUAAAAGGAAUCCUUUGUGAGGGAAACAAUUAUUAUUUAUACUCAUAAGGAAAUUGAAAUAAAUGAUUACUUCCAAGUAUUUUUUUUGAACAUUGGAUGUAACAAAUACUGUAAUUCCAAAUGCAUUUUUUACGAUCUAA